AUGGCAGCCCGUCCCGCGGCCUCACAAGGCCAGCAAAGUGCGGCCGCUGCUGCUGCUGCUCCGGCUGCUGGUGCUGCUGCAGCUGCCCCAAUUCGUCCCCCCGUCCCACAGGAGCAACAGCAGGCCCCUCGCGCGCGGGUGCCUAUGCAGCUGGGCGUGUCCCUGUCCCCCACCGCCACCGACGGCAGCUCCGCACUGCCCUCCAUGUACACACAGUACCAGAUGGCCCUGCAGCAGAUGCACCAGCAGGCGCAGCAGAUGCACCAGCAGGCGCAGCAGGCGGCACAGAGUCAGAUGGCCAAGGCCAUGCAGCAGGCACAGAGUCAUAUGGCCCUCCAGCAGCAGAUGUUCCUCCAGCAGCACAUGGCCCUCCAGCAUCAACAGCGGCCCGGGGGUGCUGGUGCUGGUGCUGGUGUGGGCACAUCCGUGGCGGCCCGACCGCCUGCUGCAUACCCACGCAUCACCCAGGCGGCCAGAGCCGUUAGGAUGGAUGAGCUCGUCACCGUCCAUCGGGCUGGGACGGGCGCGGGGGGGACGGGGUCCGCAGCAGCAGCAGCAGCAGCACCAGCAGUGGCACCACCGGCUGCUGCUGCCGCAGCAGCGGCUGUGGCUGACGGUGAUGGUAGUGAUGGUGGGGAUGGAGGCGGGACGGUGAGAUUUCCGGAGCUGCCUGAUGACGUGUGCAAGUACAUCGAUGGCCUGCGGGAGGAGGAUAUACCAGGUACCAGAUACGCGGCUGCACUAGCCAACGCCCACAGCAGCAGACGUGCCUUGGUGUCUGUCUUGUUGUCUUGCUUUGUCUGUGUGCAGAUUUCAUCCCUUCCUGCCCCAUCACGUUGGGCGUGCUCCGCCAGCCUGCACUGAGCACAACCUCCCAGACCACAUACGAGUACGAAGCCAUCUGCGAACACCUCGACAACGUAAGGAGAGGUCAACCAUUGUCUGACCAACGAACGCACCUCUUUCUCCCUUCUAAUUUGAUGGACAGAGCGACCGCAGCCCCUCCAGCAACAAGCGACUGAGCAAGGACGACCUCGUUCCUGACCGCUCUGCCCUCAGGUUCAUCGAGGGCUGGGCGCGGGACCAGAUGCAGAAGGACCAGAACAAGAGGGGCAGCCCACCGGGCGGCAACGGGGCAUCGAAGCGUCAGAAGCUCGAAGGGGGUAGUGGUCCGGCUGCGGCAGCAUCAGCAUCAGCAGCAGCGGCAGCGGCCGCUGGUGGUGGUGGUAGGAAGGGAGAGGGGCGGAAGGUGAUAGAUUUGGCUGGCGACGACGAUGGCGGGGAGGCGGUGACGGUGACGGCCGUCGUCCUGGGGCGCCCUCCGGCGGGGCUUCUUAGCGCGGUGAGUCAGCUCAAGAGCACGCACGCUUGCCAGGGGAGUUGGGAAACGGCGGAUGUUAUUGAUGCCUUCUGUUGUGUUGUAUUGUGCUGUGUGUGUCAGGUCAAGGCCGCCCCCGAGACGGUGCUGACGGGCAUGAUGCAGUGGUUUGGCGAGCUCCACACCCACGCCGAGCCAUCGGACAAGCAGGUCAGGCGUCCACACCAACACGUGACACACAGGUGGAUGCGUGUCGUUUUUGGUCAGGUAGCUGAGUUGAAGAAGGUGUUGUCUCGAAGCACGCGUGUCGAGCGGGCCUUCCGCGAGUGGCUGUGCUCAUCUGUCGCACCCAACAACGAGGCCACCAGCCCCCGGGGGUGGUUCUCCCGCCCUCGGACGCACACCAACACCGGUAAGGUUGGACGAUGGUUGGGUGGACGGCUGCAAUUGCAAUCAUGGUGUGUGUGUGUGUGUGUGUGUAGAUGAUAGCUAUUCGCGCGUUGCCAACGCCACCUUCAAGACGGGCGUGUCGGCCAUCCUGCGGGAAAUCUACCCUGGCACCACAUGA